AUGACUCCAAAUAGGCAAUACCUUAUGUCCCCCAUGGAGUAUGUGGAGAGUUCAGCCUCGAAAGACACAUACCUGUCUUCUUCGCCCACGCUACUUUCAGGGGAGCGGCUGCCACAAACUGUUCCGGUACCCAAGCCUCGUAUUCUUGCAGAAAUGAUUCCCGAAACUGAGUUAUUCCAAAAACCAGAUGGGGGCACAACUAUAACUCCACAUUUGUCUAGAGCAAAAAGGUCCAGGGAUGCGGAAAUGGUGACUGCAAUGCGUAAGUUUGAAAACGACCAAGACUAUUUCUACACAAAGUUGAAACAGAUCAUGGAGCCUCCGUCGCGGCAGGAGUCUCCGUUACCUGAGUUAUCACAAGUUAUGGAUAGUCAAGGAAACUAUCUACUGGACCAAAUUUAUAGAUCGCUAGAUUUAUACGGAAGUCCCUCAAGCUGUACCGAUGAUGUGACGAUCGUGAAGCAUUUUUUCACCCGGUUACUGCCAUCAGUAUCUUCAAGUUAUACUCCAUUGUGGCCAGGCGCUGCUAUUCAGUACUGCGACAAAAAUAUCGUCCGGAGUUGCUUUGUAUCUCUCGGAGCGUUGCAUCUUGCCGGCUGGGUCAACGACACCGACGCAAAACGCAAGCUACUGGAGAAAGGCGCCCUGAAUAUCAACAAUACCCUCGAUUAUCUUCUACGCUUCAUACAGGACAAUAACAUCCAUAACUCUCUCAUGAACAGCAACUUCCAACCCAAUGACGCAUCCACAAACAUCCUCAGCUCCAAAAAAUCGGUUUUCUUCGUGUGCUUCAUGCUAUACGUUCAGGUACUAUAUGGUAUCCUCGAGAAUGGCCGUUCUGGGUUAUCUAGAGUGUUUUUCAAGUUAUUUUCCCAGCUGGUAGAACAUAGCACAUUCAACAUAGCACAGGAACUUGGCCAGGCCAACAAGACUCUUUGUGUAAGCAUGGCCUGGUGGGACACAGUAUCUGCUCUUGUUUCACCGGAUUGUCGCACACCAUACUGUAAUCCUCGCUGGUAUAACUUGGAUAGGGACAUAGAGGAACAGUCUGGGUGUCCGGGGCAGUUAUUUGUGUGCAUGUCAAAGUUAUGCCAUCUUCGCAAUGGGAUAAAGCACAACAAGCUCCUGGGCACGGAAAUCAAAAAAUUGUAUUGCGAGCUGCGCACAGAGUUAUCUGAUUACAGAAUGUACGUUUCCUAUAGCUUGCAACCGCCAAAGGCAAGCAAAUAUUCCGACAAGGGCUAUUACCUGAUGAGACUCAAAAUUGCACAAUGCUGGUCAUUGGCUAUAUUGACCAAGCUCCUAAGCACCGUGAGACCACAUAAGGAACACCAGUCUAUUAUAGAGCACAUUGGAUGGGAAUUCGCAGACGUGUACUCUUCGCUCGACAAAUCGUUGCCAUUGGUGGCACACAUGAUAUGGCCAGUUAUGCAGAUUGCCUGCGAACACAAAGAUUUCAUAACUUAUCUGAAAGGAAUCGAAGGAGUUUUCAAUUCUUCCAGCUUCUCCAUGGUUGUCAACCUAGCGAACGCUGUCUGGUCCAGCGGAGAGUCAUUGGAUGAAAUACUGGCUGGAAAAACAUGGUUUGCGGCCGGUAUAGAUCUGCUACCUUUAUAG